ACUACAGCCAUCACUGUGUUGACCCGGGGCAGAAGCUGCCAGAUGCGGGGUCGGCCAUCCACUCCCAAACCGUGCGUCUUCGAUGUUGAAUGCUACUACCAAAAUCCCUACCAAAGCUACCGCUCUUUCUUUUCAUGCGAGCACUCAGGUCAACAUGAACGAAUCUGAAGAUAUCAAUAACCCUUGGUCGCAGUUCCUAUGCCACGUCCCAUCUGCGGAGACUAACGUUGAAGAAGAUCAUGAUCGUGCCAGACAUAUGGAUCCCCACUAGGCUUAUAUUUCGUGCUGUUGCCAGUGCACUUUGCAUCGUCAUCAGCAUGCCUUCAGUGCGUCGCGAUCACCUCAUGUGCCUACCCCGUACGCCUUCCUCCUGGACCCACCUCGUUUAGUGAGAAAGCAGAUACUGAGCUUCAGUUAACCAGCGCAGCUGUGCACUGUUUUAGACCGAAUCAAUCGAUCGACCUCCUUUUAAACCUAAAUCACUGGGUCAAAAUCCAAUUUUCCCAACGCAAAGCUCACAAAGAAGCGCAGGAAAAACCCUA